UAAAAGCCCAUCUUUGCCCAGAGCUCGACGGGGUUUGAUCACACCUCCGGCCGGGCCACAGAGCGCCAUCACUGCCUCCACCUCCUCAUCACUUCUCCUUUGCACCACUCAGACAUGGCACCAUUCGAGAAGUCCAUGGAAGUGAUGCCCUUCAAGCAAAGGAAGUGCUUAGCAACAAGAAAAGAUGAAGUCUGCACAAUUCGCUCCAAGUUCCCCAACAAAUUACCAGUCAUCGUUGAACGUUGCGUCCGGGAGAAGCGUCUUCCUCUUUUGGACAAAACUAAAUUUUUGGUCCCACAUGAGCUUACAAUUGGUCAGUUUCUGUGUCUGCUCAGGAGUAAGAUAGCACUGGAAGCAUCCCAGGCUCUGUACCUGCUGAUCUCAGGAAAAAACAUGUGCUCCAUGACAGCCAGCAUGGCGGAAGUAUAUUCUCAGCACAGAGACACAGACGGCUUCCUCUACAUGACCUAUGCCUCCCAGGAUAUGUUUGGCUGAGAAAAACUUCUAUUUGUCCCUUUAGAGGGAUCGCCAUCAAGACCACCUUCAUGACCUCCAUCAAGUUCUGACCAGGCUCUCUUUACUUACCACUGCUGCAGCUGGAGAUUAUCAUUGUGCCUGAGACGUCAGACCACUUCCCAUGAACAUUUGGCCAAAAAAAUCUCUUCUGACCUCAAAAUUUCUUUUUUUUAAAUUUAUUUAUGAGAAGACUAAAAAAAAUGUUGAGACUAAAAAAAAAAACAAUGAUAAGUACCCUGUGAGAAGGUCAUAAUAUGUCACAAAACUUAUCUAGGAGACACAGCUGUUUGGUAAUGACGAUUACAGAACCACCCUGGAACAAUAUACAGAGGUUCUGUAAGCUUCAGAUAGCGCAUUCACAGGAAGUGAGAGAGGAAGAUGGGUGAAAACUGCAUGACAUUUCUCUUCUCUUUUGUCUUGUUGUGUAUUUUAUCUUGAAAACCCCGAUUGAACUGAAACGCCUGAGACACUCUGUACACAAUCAAGUUGUACGAAAAGAAUGUUUACAGUGAACUUUACCUUUG